GUUUUAUUAGAAUCAUUAAAACAAACAAUUGAUGUAUAAAUUAUUGACAGAUAAAAUAGUUAUAUUGAAUGUUUUCAAUGUUGUAUGUUUAAUAAAAUAAUAUUUAUUUUAAUUUAUUUAUCUACAUAAUUAUGUAAACAACUAAAUGAAUCUAGUUGAUAAUAAGCCUGGAUAUACCAGGAGUGUGGAACCGCCACUAUUUUUUAUUAUGAUGCGGUUCAAUCUAAAAGUAACUUUAUUAUUUCUUUUCGUCAUAGGUAUUCUAACAAUCCUAACAUUAUAUUCCUUUUGUGGAAGUAGGGUUAAAGAAUGGGGUAAUGUUAAUUCUAAAUCAUUGGAUGUUCUUACAACCGAAGAAAUAGAUUGCGAAAUAAACGGCGACUAUAUAAUAGGUUGUCGAAAAGAAGGAGACGACGUUUAUCUUCCAUUUUCAUUUCUACAUCGUUAUUUCGAAGUGUAUGGUAAAUUAGCUACGUACGAUGGAGUUGAAAGAUUCGAAUGGUCUCAUAGUUAUAGUAAAGUAUAUCGUCCUAAAUCAAAAUACGAUCCGAAGGGUGUGUUUAUGUAUUUCGAAAAUUAUAACGUGGAAGUGAGAGAUAGAGUUAAAUGUGUUAGUGCUAUUGAAGGAGUACCGGUUUCUACACAAUGGGAAAGUCAAGGUUAUUAUUACCCUACGCAAAUAGCACAAUUUGGGUUAUCGCAUUUUAGUAAAAAUUUAACUGAACCGGAACCUAGAAGAAAGAUGAUUGAUGAUAGUGAUAGAGAUUUAGGUAAAUGGAUAAUACCGUCGACGGCAAAAUUUGAAAGAAUUUUCGAUAAUAAUUUUAAUAGUAAAAUAUUGAAAUUUAUAACUAGCGAUAGUUACGAGGAAGGUAUUCGAUUAAAAAUGGAUCACGUUUUAUAUUUCGUCAUGAGUUUAGAUUUAAUUUUAAGUGGUAACAGUAGCGUAACUAUAACUUUACAAAACAGGGAAACUAAACAAAUUUAUUUUUUACAUUAUAUAACUUCGGACGUAUGGAUAACUUCACAGGAUAAUAAUAUUUAUCACGGUAUAGGAACGAAAAGAACGUGGAAAAAACUCACUAGAGACCUCAUUGUCGAUCUACAUAAAGGUAUAAGUUUUUUCGAUAAAGAUAAAUCAAAAAUAAAAUUAUCGAGAUCGAAAAUGAGGUUAACAGAAAUAACUUUAAGAGGUUCCGGAUGUAUAGAUAACCUCACUUUAUCCUCUUCGGAACAUAUACAACAAUUCUACGACACCGCUGAAUGGUUCGUCAAACAUCAAGACAAACAAACUGGUGGUUGGCCUAUACCAGUUAAAAGAAAACUCGCCCCCGGUUUCCAAGAUUUACAACCCGGUUGGUAUUCGUCGAUGAGCCAAGGACAUGCUAUAUCGGUUUUAUCUAGGGCGUAUUACCAUUCUGGUGGUGAUAUCCGUUAUCUAACUGCUGCUUUACUGGGUUUGAAACCCUUUAAAGUAUCGAGUGAUUUAGGUGGUGUUAGGGCUAGUUUUCUCGAUAAGUACCCGUGGUACGAGGAGUACCCCACUCAACCAGCGUCUUUCGUUCUUAAUGGUUUUAUUUAUUCCUUGUUGGGGUUGUAUGAUUUGAUGAGUAUCGCUCCUUUGGAGGACGGUAGGGAAGCAGAGGUGUUGUUUAAUGACGGUAUGGUGUCUUUGAGGCGUAUGAUUAGUUUGUUCGAUAUGGGUAGCGUGACUUCGUAUGAUUUGCGUCAUUUUACUAUAAACACGGCGCCGAAUUUGGCUCGAUGGGAUUAUCACGCCACCCACGUUAAUCAAUUGUUGUUGUUGAGUACCAUGGAUGGUGAUUCUUCUUCUUCUUCGUCUUCUUUGUUUAAAGUUACUGCCGAAAGGUGGAUCGGGUAUAUGAAUGGGAAAAGGGCCGAUCACAAUUAAAAAAAUUUUACGUCUAUAUAUACGGGGUGAAACAAACAAAUCAGAACGUAAAUGGAAUGCCCUUUUUUUUUUGGUAAUCGACGAGCUAAAACUGUAAUUGAGAAAAGUUGUACGUGAAUGUAUGCUGGGUGGACAAGCAAAUGAUUCAGAAUCAUAAUUUCUCUAUUUUUUUAAGUUUUUUUUGGUUCAUAAGUCGGAAUAUACUGGGUGAGCCAAAAAAGGAAUCAAAAUCGUAAUUUUCUUACUUAUUUGAUGUUUUGGUUGACCUAUACGUCAAUACACAACAGAUGAACCUAAAAAAUUGAUCAAAACGAUGAUUUUUUCAUAUUUUAUUAGUUCUUAAGUCGAUAUAUACCGGGUGAACCAAGAAAAUAAAACGAAAUUAUUAUUUUACUUCAAAUUCCAUGUUUUUGUUGGCUCGUAUAUCUAUAUAUACUUGGUGAACCAAAAAAAAUGAUCAAAAUUACGAUUUUCCUUCUUUUUCGAUGUUUUUGUUAACUUGUAUUUCAAUAUAUACUAGGUGAACCAAAAAAAAUUGAUCAAAAUUAUAAUGUUCCUCAUUUACAAUAUAUACUAGGUGAACCAAGAAAAUGGAUCAAAAUUAUAUUUCACAUAUUUUUGUUGCCUCGUUUUUCUACAUAUACUCGGUGAACCAAAAAAAUGGAUCAAGAUUUUUCUUCUAUUUGGCUGUUUUUCUUGACUCAAGAGCCAAUAUAUAACGAAGGGAUCAUAAAAAUUGGUGAAAAUUACAAUUUCCUUUUUUUUAAUGUUUUGGUAGACUUAUACGUCGAUAUAUACUGGGUGAACCAAAAAAUUAGUCAAAAUUAUGAUUUUUUUCCUUUUUUAACGUUUCUGUUGUUUCGUAGGAGAAUUUAUAUAGGAUGAACCACAAAAAUGGAUCAAAAUGAUAUUUUUUUUCUGUUUUCUGGUUUCUAUUAACUCAUAAGUCGCUAUAUACUGGAUGAAACAAAAAAAUCUAAAUCCCAUUUUAUUUUAAAAACAAAAAAAUUACAUUUUUUUGUUUUUGAUGAUAUACUGACAUAGAAAUUAUAAUCACAAAGUUCCUCUGAUGAUUUAUACGAUAGAAUAUCCAGGGUGAACAAAAAAUAUUGAUCAAAAUAACAAUUUUCUUGUUUUGGGUGAUCGACCCGGGAUCAUUUGUGGUUGGGGGGUAAAUUUUACUCCGAUAUAUACUGGGUGAACCGAAAAAACGAAUAAUGGUUAAGAACUCAUAUAUUUUUACUGAAACAUAUAAAGACUGCACAUUAAAAAUAUAGUUAGUAAAAAUAUAUUUUUCAAACAAAAUUUAAAAUCUGUCAACAUCGUAUAUUGUUAUUCAUGGUUCUGUCAUUUCAAACAUAUUAUUUACGGAUAAUUUGUAGAAUUUGGCAACGUUGAAAAUAAUUAUUCAUACCAUUUUUUUUGUUUUUAUAUAAUUCUUGAACAAAGUUGGCAACAGUGUUAAUGCGGGAAGGUUUAAGUCAUUUUAAUACCAAAAAUACUUGAAACAUUCCAUUAAAAUGAUACAAAAAUCGAUAAUUUCGAAAUCUAAAACGAAAUUUGAUAUAUUCGGGUUAAUUUUAUCAUAUUAUGAAACCGAUAAAAUAAAAAAACUUGAUUGCGACGGUGAUACAAAUAAUGUGCAGUCAAAAUGAGUUUUUCAAACAAAGUACAGUUUUUAAGAAAAAACCGGACCAAACGAUACGAAUAGUAGCAAUUACAAUAAUCGAAUAGUCAAUAAGGGUAAGUAGAAAAAGUCCUUACCCUCAAAUUUAUCCUGAGUAGUGUAAUAAAUGUUAGAAAAAAAAUUGUUUUGUUAUUUGUAUAAUUGUUGAUUUGUUAUAAAGCACUUUUCCAUUAUUAAAAUGAAAUAUAACGAUCUUGUAAUCGAUUUUCCAGUUAUCGAUACAUACGAUAUGUCAAAUGUCAACUGAAAUCAAGUACUAAUUAAAUUGUGAUUGGUCCAGUUGUGGAUGUAUAAUUACUUAACGUUGACCAUUUGCUCUUUUUUGUACAAAGUCAAAUUUGAACCUGAUUACAAGAUUUUCAUUUUAAUAUUUGUUUAUGUUGAAUAAAGAAUCCGAUUGGGUUUUUGAAAUGCUAUGAAUGUAAGUGCAAUAAUUUAUUCCUUAACUUUUUUAACGAUUUUAAUUUUAUUUUUUUUAUAAAUUGUACAUAUUUUAUAUAUAACGUUAACAAUCAUAGUGUAGGGGUGUUUAAUAGAAUAUUUUUAUGUACGGAGGUAAAACUAACCUAAAAAAAAUACGUUUUACGUUAGAAAUAAAAGUUUCGUUAACAAAUUGUAUAUAUGGAGACUAAAAGUUACAUUCACGACUCUCGGAAUAUUAGUUUUGUUUUAAAAAAAAUGUUAAAUAUAUAUCACAAAUUUUUUAGGUUAAUUUUUCUUCUUGGACGUGUAUAAUCCGUAGAUAGAACGCCAUCUAUCCAUCUCAAGAGCUUAUUAGAGUAAAAAAGACUAGAACAUUUGUAUAUUUCUUCCAAACUAAUCGUAAUUGUUAAUGAACGAGUCAUAUUCUUUCUCAUUUAUAAUUGGGAUAAUUGAUCCAAAUAAUAAUAAUUCCAUUUUUUAUAGAUGAUUUUUCAAAUUAUUUUUUAAUAAAAUUGAAUUUUUUAAUAACCUGAUUCAUCGUUUAUGAACCAUAUGAUCAUCAAAUUGAAAUAAAAUUACAUUUGACGUUGAAGUAUGAAUGAGAGAAGAAGACAAAUACGUUACCGGUACCACAGAACUAAACUAACUAUAAGUUUAUAGUAUUUAGUAAUUUUGAAACAAAAAAAUAACUAAAUUCGUAGUAAUAUAGUUGAAAAACGAUAUGAUCUUUGAUGAAUGAAAUGAAAGAAACUGAAACAAAUCAUACGUUUUCUAAUAGUUUCGCCUAAUUAUUUCAUCAUCAGAGUAAGUAUGUUGGGUUUUAAUUAAAAAAUAUAAAACCAGAGCCGACAUUUAGGGUCUAAAUUACCUUAUCAAUUGUUUAAAAGUCUGUUUAGGACGUUUUUACUAUUUAAAUAUCAUAUUUUGAGUACAUAUAUCGUAGUUUUUCAAUUGAAUCUAAAAAUACUAUAUUUUCGUUGAAUUUCCGGAUGUACAACCAGAGAAUACUAGUCAAAUCGAAUUUAUAAGUUUUUUUUGUUACGCCACUGGUAAAUACAAUAACAUACAAAACUACGAUGAAAUUAGUUCUAUUUAACAUUUAGAAACGUAAAAGAAGAAAUCCCAUAACAUUUGUUCGAGACAGAGGACAACAUAACAAUCCACAGUCUUUCAAAUAUCAGCUCAUUAGCAUUUUAUAAAUAAUUUUCUAUUUUAUGAGAUUUUACUUGAUGUUUUUAUGAUUUAAAUAUCAUAUUUUAAGCACAUAUAUCGUAUAUUUCAAUUGAAUGUAAAAAAUACUAUAUUUCCGACUUACCCCAGAGAAUACUAAUAAAAUCUGGUAAACACAACAACAUACAUAACUACGAUGAAGUUAGUUCUGUUUAACAUGUAGUAACGUAAAAGAAGAUAUCCCAUAAUUUGUUUUCGACAUAGUAGAAGACAACAUGUAGUUGUCAGUAAUAAACGUAAAAGAUAUUCGGCAACAAAUGUUUAAAUGGAAAAAAGUUGUUUGCUGUUUUGUUUUAAAUUAUCUUGUGAAUAUUUUGUGUUAUUUUUUGUAAAAAGUUAUUAAUAAAGUUUAUUAAAUUUUG